UGACACUGCUUUAAAUUUCAAUCUUCAGACUUCAAGUGUCAUUUUGCUUUUCAUAAUUCAUUAUUCUAGGAAACGGUUUCCGUGAAACUGCGUCGCUGUAAUUUUCAAGUUUAAUUCUUCAAAUUUAAUUUUUCAACAAAAUGCCGCUUCAACUUACCAAGCCAGCGCCCCAGUUUAAGGCCACGGCAGUGGUCAACGGGGAGUUCAAGGACGUUUCUCUCUCGGACUACAAAGGCAAAUAUGUCGUCCUGUUCUUCUACCCACUAGACUUCACUUUUGUCUGCCCAACGGAGAUCAUCGCGUUCUCAGAGCGCGCUGAUGACUUCCGCAAGAUCGGUUGUGAGGUGAUCGCUGCCUCCACUGACUCACACUUCACACAUCUCGCCUGGAUCAACACACCACGCAAACAAGGUAGCCCUAGACGCGCUUCUGUAGAUGAAGGCGGCUUCCUAUGUCUGCGAUCGUUUAAAAAAUUUAGCUUUUGUUCGAGACGCGAACCACCCAACCCGCGACAACGUUCGGCCUCAGUAGGGGAUUACAGUGGUUUGGGUCCAAUGAACAUCCCAAUGAUCAGUGACAAGUCUCACCGCAUCUCCCGGGACUACGGUGUGUUGGAUGAAGAGAGUGGCAUUCCCUUCCGUGGCCUCUUCAUCAUUGAUGACAAGCAGUUGCUGAGGCAGAUCACCGUCAAUGACCUGCCUGUUGGCCGCUCGGUAGACGAGACUCUGAGGCUAGUGCAAGCAUUCCAGUUCACAGACAAGUAUGGUGAGGUCUGCCCCGCUAACUGGCACCCUGGCUCCAAGACUAUCAAACCAGACACUAAGGCUGCGCAGGAGUACUUCGGAGACGCCAACUAAAUAUUAAAACUACAUUUAGAUUGUUACAAUAAAUAAAGCUUUUACCAUUA